GCCCAGACCCGACUCCCGACGCCAGCGGACCCGAGAGCAGACCACACAUAUUGUAUCCUACUCAGUGGGACGGCGGGGGUCCAGCUGGGCUGCCUGGGGUGGAGUAGGGACACACGCGAGGGUGGGUGGGAGUGGUGGCUGGGGUGGUCUGGGGCCUGGGCGCCCCUAGAAGGGUCGGGCGAGUCAGGCUGCCCCGGGAAGGGUGGGGGUGGCUUCAAAGAAUCUUGGAGGCUGGGAAGGAAGUGGAGUAGGAACCUUUAUGUAGCCACCAGCGUCCUCAGCGUGCCGUUCCCAACGCCUUUGGACGCAGGAAUCGCUCUGGGUUCUCUGGCUCCAGAUGCUGAACCGCACUCGGGAGUGAUUGGGAAGGAGCUGACAGCGAGUGACAGCACCCUAGCCGUCCGCUGGACAGCAGAAGAUUCUCACCUCCUCCAGGUUUCUGUCAUCAGCUUCCUUGACCAGCUCUCCCUGGUUGUGCAGACCAUGCAGCGCUUUGGGCCCCCAGUGUCCCGCUGAGCCUAAGUGGCCAAGGAUGAAACCUUCUAUCCCCUCCUACACAGGGUGGCCUGCCCUAGGGCAAUAUGUCCCAAAGCAAUUGCACCCUAAGUGUGGGAGACCAAGGGUUUGGGGGGUCUCGCCCUUGGAUGCCAAGGGUCCCCUCAUUUUGUUUGGUGCUUAAAUGUGUGCUCUGCAGAAUAUAAAGCUGACCUACUA